GUGGGUUAAACAGUUGGUGGUUGGUGAAUAGGGGAGUGAAUUGUGUGUUGUGUAUUGGGCAAAAUGCAGCCUCCUCCAAGAAAGGGAAAUUAUGCCAAGUUUCUAAAAAAUCUUCAUGCAGAACAAGUGGCUAAACUUCAGCUAAAAAACCAGAAUGAAUGCGAACUUCUAGAUGAUAUAAGGAACUUUAUAUUAAAGCGAUCCGCCAUAGAAAAAUCAUAUGCUGAGGCAUUACUGAAAAUAUCAUCAGCAUUUCUAAAUCGUAAAAUAGCCAAUAUACCAGACAUUAAGACUGAGGGAUCUGAAGAAAAAUGGAACAUGUGGAAUGUGUGGAGGACUGUACUAGAGGAGAAUGAAAAAAUGGCUAGGGCGAGAUUAGCUGCUGUAGAAGUAUUUUCUCAAAAUGUUGCUGAUGAUGCCAAAAUUCUUAGAGCCAAUAAGCUCAUCACUGCCAAACGGUGUUUAGACCAAUUAGCAAUUAUUCAAAAAGAGGUUCAGAGUACAGUCCUAGAGAUAGAUAAAACUAAAAAAUUAUAUUUUGAUGAAGAGCACAGUGCCCAUGAUGUUAGAGAUAAAGCAAGGGACAUUGAAGAAAAGCUAAAGAAAAAGAAAGGUUCAUUUUUUCAAUCAAUCACUUCCCUUCAGAAAAAUAGUGCAAAGGUUUCUUCAAGGCGAGAGGCAUUAGAGGAAAAAUCAUCUGGUGCUCGUAAUGACUAUUUGUUAAGUUUGGCAGCUGCAAAUGCUCACCAAACUCGAUAUUUUGUAGUAGACUUUCAAAACAUAAUUCAGACAAUGGAGGGCAAUGUUUAUGAAAAAGUAGCUGAUUAUCUUAUGUUGAUUUCAAGAACAGAAUUGUUAACAUGUACAGCCACACAAAUAUCUUUUAAUAGAAUAAAAGAACAAUCCGCACAGCUUAGUCGAGAUUACAAUCUUCAAUGCGUGUAUUUGUAUUAUCCUGUUUUGAAACAACACAUCAAUUAUGAAUUUGAACCGUGUGAUAACGACAAUGUCACAACGGUGAGUGCUGAACACAGUUCGGCCGCAAGUGCUCUUAGUAAAGAAGCUAAAAGAUGGGCAACAAAGUUAUCUAGAGAAAAUGCGAACAUAAAGGAUGCUAUGGCAAAACUUGUCAAUCUGCAAGCUCUUAGAGAAGGAGGACAAAAAGUUGAUCCUAACGAUCCUAACGGUCCAGAUAUUGACACAAAAAUGGAUGAACUUAGGCAGAUAAUGAGAAGAGCAGAGACUUCGAAAGUAAAAGCUGAAGCUAGGAUAGAAUGUCUAAAAGCUGGAGGUGUAAACGUUGAAGAAUUUAUGUUGGACGCUGAAACUCUAAGUGUACAAGAUUUACCAAGAUCCGGCAGUUCAAUGUCAGUGAGAACCGAUACUUCAGGGACAGUCGAGGCAGGUGGCUCUGAUUCCAUGUAUGAUAGCGAUUAUAACGAUGCUACGUCUGACAAUGUAGGAGCAGAAAAACAGAUAAGUAUUGAUGAAAAAGAAAGACCUGAUUCUGCUGAAGUAGAUGGAGAAUGGGCAAUGCUUGAACAAGAAAGACAAAGGAUUGAGCAACUAACUGCGGGUUGGGAAGACCCGAUACAGGUCGAUUGGGGUGCUGAUGACCACGAAACUGGAGAAGACAGCCCUGCACCUGAUUACCCUAUAUCAUCGGGACCAACAUACAAGUGUACAGCAUUAUACAGUUAUACGGCACAAAAUCCAGAUGAAUUGUCCAUAGUCGAAAAUGAACAAUUAGAAGUUGUUGGAGACGGUGACGGUGAUGGUUGGCUUCGAGCGAGAAAUUAUAAGGGUGAAGAAGGCUACGUGCCUCAUAAUUAUUUAGAUGUUGACAGAGAAGAAGGUGAUGUGACAGGAACAGGGACAACUCUUGCAGAAGGUACAAGCUCUUAUCAACUAACGUCACAAAUAUCUUUUUCAUCAGUUGACUAUACAGUAGAUGAAGAACCAUCUGAUCUGUCAACAGCACAAGACACAAUUAAAGAAGUUCUAAAGCCAGCAAAUCUAGAUCUUUCUAGCAGCAGUGAGCUGACAUCUAAUAUCACUAGUGGUGGCGAAUGUUGGUGUGUAGCUAUAUAUGAUUACGAUGCAACAUGCCCAGAAGAAUUGAGCUUUUGUGAAGGCGAAAUUAUUCAAGUUUUAAGGAAGGUCGUUCACGAUGAUGUUGACGAUGGAUGGUGGGAAGGACGCAGAGGAGAUGACGUAGGUCUAUUUCCUUCUUUGGUUGUAGAAGAGUGUCGGCAAAAUGGAGAACCUCUGACCCCAGAGUGUGACGAUACUCCCCCGGGAUCUGCUCCUCCAGUUUUUACUCCUCCAGAUGUGCCUGUAUUUCUUAUUGCUCCACAAUCAGUAAUAAUCACACAACCGACUCCAGUUGUAGAACAUAAUCCUAUUGUUGCAGGGAAGGAAAAAGAUAGCUUUUCUAUGGAACUAAGUCAUGGACAACAAAAGCAAUAUGACACUCAAUUUUCUGAAGAUGUUCAAAUAUCUGUUGUAGUUGCAGACGAUGGAGAUUCACAGGAGGUUGUGAAAGAUGAAACUCAAAAAGAUCCUGAUUUCGGAUUGAAAACUGCUCAGAUCGUCAUAACCGCUGCGACACCCAUGGUAGAAGACAAUAAAUCGUUCCCUUUGCCUCCUGAACCGGACGAAUUGCCUGAAGAUGGAGAUGAAGAGCCGCCUCAGUAUAGUUCUGCAACCGUCAGUGGCGAAGGAGGAGGUUCAACCGAUGAUGAUACUUAUACAGGACCAAGUACAACCGAAAAUUCUCAGGUAGUGGUUUCAGUUUCAGAGAAGAAACAAGACGUCAUACCUGAUGAGCUAGAACCUCAUCAAUUAGCAAGGCUUCAAGAUCUCAAAGAGUCUGACGCAUAGUCAAUUUUUUAAUUAUUUUAUGUACUUAUUAAUGUGUGUAUAUUAUUUGAAUAUCUAAAGUUAUAAUGUAAGGAAGAGACAGUUAGUGUAGAAAUGUACAUUAAAACUAGUUGAUUUGCUGAUCAAUGGCCUCUUGUCUGUUACACUAUAUAGUCUUUAAAUAACUGCCUUCUUUUGCUGCAUGUAUAUUGUACUAAGCAGUGUCUAAAUAAAAUAUUGGUUAAGGAUGAUUCAAGUAUGUAAUUUUGUUUCAAUAAAAAUAAAAAUCUGACUGCUGUAAAGGCUAUAUUAUACUACGGUCUCACUACAAUGACUUAUUUGCCUUUGUAAAAUAGUAGACUACUUAAAUAGUAAGCGUAAGGUCCGGAAUUAACUUUUCUUUGAAGCAUAAAAGCAUGCUCCCUAGUGUCAAGACAAAAAGACUGAAUUGCUAAUCACAGAGCAAAUAUAAUAUUAAAACAAUUUAUUUCUCGUCCACACGACUUUCUACAAUUAUCCUCUACAUUCACAAUAGUGUUUUUGAAAAUUUCUUAAAUUGAUUCCUUAAUAUACUGCAAUUUUUUUACAUGUUCAAUAAUAGUUUAACUAGAUAUAAAUAAAUGUUAUCUAAGUUUUCAUAACCAGGCAAAUUCAUGAUCAAAAUCUCACCGAUAUUUAUUUUUUUAAGGUAAUUAAAUUUACAUUUUUGUCCUACGUUUUCAAAAAAAAUUGUAUACUCUCAAAAAAUCUUUUCCUCUCUCCAAUUAGGUUCACAGCAUGAAAUAAACUAUUCAUUUUUAAAAUCUUUGAUUUUUGCUUUAUUGUAAAAUUAAACAUUAAUAUGAGUGAAGUCCUCUCCUAGUCCUUUUUUUUAAGUCUUGACUUUGCUUCAUAGUGUGGUGUAUGCAUUUGAGGUACAACCGUCUAUCCAUUUUAUAUGGUAGUGAAUCUGGCCUAGUAAACGUUCAACAUCUGUCCGUCUGAUACACCUUUAGGUUUUAUUUCAUUAAUUUUUUAAAUUCUUUAUUUUAACAUCCAAGUAUCUAGGCCUCAUAUAGAAACAUUGUUAUUUGAACUAUUGAAAUUUUUAUUCCCAUAUGUAUACUAAAUAAAAUCUGAAUAUAAUUUUAUGAUUUAUAUUUAUUCCAAGGGUCGGGGUACGAGUCUACCUAGGCAUUUAACCCCUCGGGUCUUGGUCACCCACCCUGCAUAAUAUUUAUAUUUAUUCCAAGGGUUGUAAGAUUCUCCUUCAGGCAUAUUUUUUUCUGGUUUCAAGCAAUAUCAUUUAUAUAAAGACUAAUUUAUCUGCUCACAUAACAUUUUAAUCAUAGUUUUUUUGUUUUUUUUUAAGUUUGUAAGAAAAAUUGUUAUACUUCCACCACUAGCAGAAAUGAGUUGGCAUUUUUUUUUCCAUGUGAGUUUUAGCCUUUAGCUAAUUUGGUUUUAUAAUUUCUAAUAUAAACUUAUUAAAUAAUUGUAUAUUAAUAUGGUGUCCUUGCUCACUUUCCUAUUGUAAAUGUUCUAAGGUAUAUUAUGCUCCUUAUAUCCUAUUAUGCCUUUUCUAAGGUAGGUUUUAUCUUCGAAUCGUCAUACAUAUCUUAGUAUUAUUGAAUAUUUGACAGGAAUUCAUAUUGCUUUAGUGGUUAAAGAGCCUGUUAAAACUAUGAAAGGUGGUAUCAUCAGACCAUAACUCCAUAUUUUACAGUUUUUUAAAGCUCUUGAUACAAGCAUGACUGCUGGCCUACAGGCUAAGUUUCUUUAAAAAGUAGCACAAUACAUUUUUAGAAUGUUAUCAAUUCCUAAUUUGAAAUUGCAUGGGACAGUUGAGGUUGAUAAUGGUAGCAAA